UCUAAAGAAUAUAUAUCUUUAUAUGAAACUAUCUAUAUUCAUGGUGAAUUUAUUACUUAAAAUAGUGAUUACAACUUCUAUCAAAUUCAAUCUGAAAUACUUAUCUGAACCAGACUGACGAAGUAUCUCUGUAAAGGAUUCUGCACUGAAGACUAUAAUUGCUUCUGCUCUGCCGUCAUUAGUCCAAAAAAAUUCUACAAAAUUGUCAACUAUAGAAGCAAUUGUGUCCGCUUCUUAUAUGGAAACUCUGGAUUUGUCAGGCGGUCGCAGAUAUUUUAUCAAGACAAUAAUUGAAGAGACUUCUGUGCAAAAUACGACGGGAUCUUCAAAACUCUGCACAAUUCAAUUUUAUUAUGUCCCAACAACUAAUCAGUUUGGAAAUAAUAUUGUUAGAUGCUGGGAACUCAAAAAUGCUAACAACGAUUCAUUGAUCGACAAAGCUAUAGAAACUGCUCUAACAAUAAUAGGACAGCAAAUCGGAAAACCUGAUUCAGUUUCUCUCAUGGAAGUUAACAGGGCUUAUUACUUCUCUUUUGAUACCUCAGAAACUUGGUUUGAUAAAAAGUACUACCUGAAACUUAAAAUAAAUUAUCCGUCUUACGAAGUUAGUGAAAUAUUAACUUGCUCUGGUGAAAUAGAUUUCGCUUCUGUUCUUCCAGAUAGCUUCAUGACUGAUGGAUUUUAUUGUCAAUAAUCCACACUGAUAGAAGGAUUUAUUUGUACCAAAAAAUAUUUUUCAAUAGUUAACAAAUCAUUUAU